GCAUGAGGUAAUGUAACACUGCAGCGCGUGUUUGACGUUUUGAGUGUGCUUUUGAUGAAAUUCGCGAAGCGAGUAUAGGCGAGUGUUGGCUUUGUUUCUUGUGGCAUUUCGUAUGUGCGCGUGUGUUGUGGAUUGCGAUUGAGCUUUUUCGGUGAGAGAAGAGAAGAUGAAGAGAAGAUUAUCGCUUCAAGUGUCGAGAGAGUUCAAGGGUGAUUAACGAUAUAGUUAUGGUGAACUAUGCGCACUCAAGUUCUAUUCAAAUUGGAGAUUGGAAUCGAAACAUUUUUUGCGCUCGAUAAUGAUAGUACUGGAUUAAAAGUUCCGAGUUUUAUUCAUAAAACAAAAUAAAAGCACGAUGCGCUCUCUGCUGUGCGCUUUCAUCCUCCUGGCCAGCUCUAUGCUGGUUUCGGCAGGAUACAUGGACACGCUUUUCGAGUGGAAGUACGUCGAUUAUUUAUGGGAAUCCGAGGCCAGGAGACAAGAAGCCAUAAACAGCGGGGCUUAUGAUUUUUCGCGCAUUUUGCCCAUGGACGUUGAUAAGUCCAAAGAUGGCCGAAUUUUUGUAUCAUUUCUUGGAAUGGACGGAGUACCGGCUACGCUUGCCACUGUCAGUAACCAAAAGGGACCCUCGGGACCUCUGGUGAAGCCGUACCCAGACUGGUCGUGGUUCAAGAAGGGUGACUGCAACUCCAUCACUAACGUUUACAGAAUAGCCAUCGACGAGUGCAACAGACUGUGGAUCUUGGACACCGGAUUCUUGGAAGGACAAGCUAUAAAUUGCGAGGCUCAACUGUUGGCAUUCGACCUCAACACUGACCGACUGAUCCAGAGGAUCAAAAUCCCCAACAACAUCGCCAGAAGCAACGAUGGACAAACUCUUCUGGCUACUCCCAUUGUCGAGACCGAGGGACCCUACUGUGAUAACACUACCGUCUACAUGGCUGACACUAUGGGAGAAGGUCUGGUGAUCUGGAACGGAGUUCGUCUCUUCCGCCUCGAAAGUCCUCUCUUCAAGCACGACGAGUCUGCCAAGAACAUCGUCGUCGGCAACAGCAGCCUUGACCUGGCUGGCGGUAUCGUUGGCAUGGACCUCUCGCCCAGGAUCUUCCCUGGCGAGUCUCGCUUCCUCUACUUCCACGCUCUGGCCUCCUACGACAUCUACGCCGCCGAGACCAAUGUACUCAGGCGCAGCACAUACGGUGAAUCCGUUAAAUUCCUUGGUGCCAGAGACAUCUUGUCCAGCCAGGCCGUCGGUCAGGCUUUCUCGUCAGAGGGAACUCUGUUCCUUGGCAUGACCAGGGAGAUCGCCAUCGCUUGCUGGAACCGUUACAGGGAACUCAAGAGGAGCAACAUUGAAAUCGUCGCUCAAGACAGCGAGCGACUGCAGUACGCAAACGGCGUCAAGGUCAUCCCACCGACGCCUUACCAGCGAGAGGAGGAGCUCCUGGUCCUGACGAACCGCUUCGUGACCUUCCAGCUUGGUCAGCUCGACGCCAACGACGUGAACUUCCGCGUGCUCAAGAGCCCGGUCAAGAGGCUCAUCGCCGGCACCAAGUGCGAGAUCCCCAGGAACACCCUCACCGCCCUCGGCGCCAUCAACAAGCAGGACGAGAGUUUUCUCAUCGUCCAGAACUGAGUGUCUCGAAGUCUGAUCGAAAAACUUUUUGUUUGUGCUAAUAAAGUUGCAGCAUUACACGUUAAAUUUGA